AUGGCCACGCGCCCGCCCGAGACUGGCACGCCCGAGGAGCCCGUUGUCACCAAGUACACCGCGCCAACGCUGGCCAGCAUCACCGAGUCGCUGUCCCUGCUCGGGCUCAGCCCCGAGACGCUCGCGAUGAGCUUCGGCGAGACGCUAGCCGACCGCUACCUGGCCGCGUUGCGCCCCAAGCCUGCGCCGGCGCCCGUGGAGCGGCCGUCGCUCGGCGGCUGCGGCGCCCCUCGCCGCACGCCGCUCGCCGACCCCUCGCAACUCCAACUCUUCUCCAGCGACUUCAUCGACUACUUAAACCAGAUCGCGUAACUCCUCCGUGUCUGUAGAACUUUUUCGUGUUUUGGUGUGAUCCUCACAGACUCUUCAUAACGCGUCUAGUGACAGACGCUAGGAAUAAUUUCUGUUAAAUUAAGUUGGUAUUAUUGGAAAUAAUUUAUAUUAUAUGUCGGUUUAGAUCGUA